ACUAUUCCGACAGGCUACGCUCAUCUGCUGGAAAGAUAGACUGAGUAAAGUAGAGUAGAACCGACAAAAAAAGUAUACUCUCCACGUAUGUCCCCCCCCCCCUCUUUUUAAAGGAUACAAUAUUGUGACGCGUGCCAUUCAAGGCACGCGCCGGUUGGAGAACUAGCUGGAUUUGGGACUUCAAGAUUUGAAAGACUUCUCACAGGUCGCUUCUGGAGGAAUUUUGAAUUUUCUUCAAGAUUUGUCAUCAGGAUGUAAAUUCAACGGAUUCUUUCUAAAACCAAACACGUCUUCUGGGGGAAGUGUGCGCCUUUGGCUUAUGUGGAAGCUUGCAGGAAUCACUAACCUAUUGAGAGAACCGCGGAAUAAUCAAUGGGAUCAUUCGACUUUUAUUGAGAAAUGCAAGGCAUUCCUUGGCUGAGUGAAGAAAGGUUAACAGGCUUCCAUUUAUCAAGGCUUGUUGGACUAAAGGCCAUCUCCAGGCUUUCUUUUAACAGUUCUCUACUACGACAAAAGCUGCAUAACUGAGGCUAUGCAUGAACUCUAUCUUCAAAAUGAGUGUGUGUUUAAUUAAAUCAACCACAUGAGUAGCCAGCCUCUAAAUUGAGGUCGCGCGCUGAGGACUGGCAAGAGGACCAUUCAACUAACCCCAUCUAGCUAAUAAAAAGCUAGAUUAAUUUGUAUCUGAUAUUGAGACGACGACAAAAUGGAUAACGAGGUCUUUGCUCCGCUACUGGAGCAAUUCAUGCUCACCCCGUUGGUCGCCUGGGUGAAGACAGUCGGCCAGUUAUCUACCAAGGAUGGAAACAAUCUGUCGGAAUACGUUGAAUUAGUGGAUGGAGUAUUUCUCAACGAAAUCAUGCUGGAAAUAAAUCCCAAAGCCACAGUGCAGAGGACUAACAAGAAGGUCAACAAUGACUCCACUCUGCGGAUCCAGAAUCUCUCCAUCCUGAUUCGCCAGAUUAAGGCGUACUACCAGGAGACCCUUCAGCAGCUGGUGAUGAUGCCCCUCCCCAAUGUGCUGGUGCUGGGCAGGAACCCUCUCAGCGAGCAAGGGCUGGAGGAGAUGCAGAAACUGCUGCUGCUGCUGCUGGGAUGUGCGGUCCAGUGUGAGAAAAAAGAGGACUACAUUGAGAGGAUUCAGACUCUGGACUUUGACACAAAGGCGGUCAUCGCUUCGCACAUCCAAGAGGUGACCCACAACCAGGAGAACGUGCUGGAUCUGCAGUGGCUGGAGGGGGGUGAGGCGGCCCCUGAGGACCUGGACUCCUUCUCCAGGAGCCUGGCCUUCCACCUCAAGCGCCUGGUGGACGAGAGAGACGACCAGCUCGAGACCAUCGUGGAGCUGACUCAGGAGCGUGACUGUGGCCAGUACUCUCCCCCGAUGCCGUGUGGCCAGACGCCCAGCCCCGGGGACUCCCCCAGCAUGCGUCGCACCGAAAGCCGACAGCACCUCUCAGUGGAGCUCGCCGACGCCAAGGCCAAGAUACGACGCAUCAGACAGGAACUGGAGGAGAAGAGUGAGCAGUUGUUGGACUGCAGGCAGGAGUUGGAGAAUAUGGAGUCGGAGCUGAAGAGGAUCCAGCAGGAGAAUCUUGCGCUGCUGGGUGACGCUCGGUCGGCGAGGGCCUACAGGGACGAGCUGGACGCGCUGAGAGAGAAGGCCAUGAAGGUGGACAAGCUGGAGAGCGAAGUGGGCCGCUACAAGGAGAGGCUCCAUGACAUAGAGUUCUACAAGGCCAGGGUCGAGGAGUUAAAGGAGGAUAACCAGGUGCUGCUGGAGACCAAGAGCAUGCUGGAGGAACAGCUGGAGGGCAACAGAGCGCGCUCAGACAAGCUACACGAACUGGAGAAGGAGAACCUGCAGCUGAAGGCCAAGAUCCACGACAUGGAGAUGGAGCGCGACAUGGACCGUAAGCGUAUUGAGGAGCUGAUGGAGGAGAACCUGACCCUGGAGAUGGCCCAGAAGCAGAGCAUGGACGAGUCGCUCCACCUGGGCUGGGAGCUGGAGCAGCUCUCCAAGACGCCCGAGCUCACCGAUGUUCCUCAGAAGUCUCUGGGCCACGAGGUGAAUGAGUUGACGUCGAGUCGUCUGCUGAAGCUGGAGAAGGAGAACCAGGCGCUGCUUAAGACCGUGGAGGAGCUGAAGGGGGAGGAGGCAGGAGAGCGCCUCCGCAAGGCCGACAAGGAGAACGCACGCCUCGCCAUGAGGUUGGAGCAGCUGGCGGCUGAGCUGAAGGCGGAUAAGGAGAGCCUGCGAAGUGCAGAGGACCUCAGCUCUGACCUGAUGAAGGAGAAGAGCCAACUGCAGAAGACCCUGGAGACACUACAGGAGAACUCAGACAGACAGGUGAAGGGCCUGGAGCAGGAGAACGAGCACCUGAGCCAGACGGUCUCGUCGCUACGGCAACGCUCGCAGGUGGGGGCGGAGGCACGCGUGAAGGACGUGGAGAAGGAGAACCGCGUGUUGCACGAGUCCAUCAAGGAGACCAGCAGCAAGCUCAACAAGCUGGAGUUCGAGAGGAAACAGCUGCGUAAAGACGUGGAGCUGUACAAGGAGAAGGGGGAGCACGCCGAGGAGCUGGAGCUGCGGGUGCAGAGGCUGCAGCGCGACAACGAGGCACUGCAGAAACGCAUAGCCACCCUCGGCAUCACAUGCGAAAAGGUGGAAGCUCUGGAGAAGGAGAAUGCGGAGCUGGAGUGUGAGGGCCGCAAGCUGAAGAAGAAGGUGGACGGUCUGCGGAGCACGGCGUUCCAGCUGGAGGCCCUGGAGAAGGACAACGCCCAGCUGGAGGAGGAGAACCUGGAGCUCCGACGCACCGCGGAGAACCUGAGGAACCAAGGAGUCAAGGUGGCGCAGCUGGAGUCGGAGAACCGCGAGCUGGAGACGGAGCGCAGCCAGCUGAAGCGCAGCCUGGAGGUGCUGAAGGCCUCGUCCAAGAAGAGCGAGCGGCUGGAGGUGAGCUACCAGGGCCUGGACACGGAGAACCAGCGUCUGCAGAAAGCCCUGGAGAACAGCAGCCGCAAGAUCCAGCAGCUGGAGGGGGAGCUGCAGGACGUGGAGGCCGAGAACCAGAGCCUGCAGCGCAGCCUGGAGGAACUCAAGAUCUCCAGCAAGCGCCUGGAGCAGCUGGAGCAGGAGAACAAGGUCCUGGAGCAGGAGAGCUCCCAGCUGGAGAAGGACAAGAAGCAGCUGGAGAAAGAAAACAAGCGACUGAAGCAGCAGGCUGAGAUCCGGGACUCCAAACUGGAUGACGACAACCUGCGCAUCACGCACCUGGAGAAGGAGAACCGCGUGCUGGGCAAGGAGGUGACCACGCUGAAGGAGGCCAGCAGCCGCGUCAAGGACCUGGAGAAGGAGAACAAGGAGAUGGUCAAGCAGGGCACCAUCGACAAGAAGACCUUGGCCACGCUGCGGGAGGAGCUGGUGAGCGAGAAGCUGAAGACCCAGCAGAUGAACAACGACUUGGAGAAACUGACUCACGAGCUGGAGAAGAUCGGCCUCAACAAGGAGCGACUCCUGCACGACGAGCAGAGCUCUGAUGACCGGUUCAAACUGCUGGAGUCCAAGUUGGAAUCCACGCUCAAGUCUUCAUUGGAGAUAAAGGAAGAGAAGAUCGCUGCCUUGGAGGCAAGACUACAGGAGUCGUCCAACCUCAAUCAGCAGUUACGACAGGAGCUCAAAACAGUGAAGAAGAACUAUGAGGCGUUGCGCCAGAGGGAGGAGGAGGAGCGCAUGGUACAGAGUUCGCCCUCUAGAGGAGGGGAGGACAGCCAGGUGGUCAACAAGUGGGAGAAGGAGAGCCAGGAGGCCACGAGGGAACUGCUCAAGGUCAAGGAUCGCCUCAUCGAGGUCGAGAGGAAUAACGCCACCCUGCAGGCGGAGAAGCAGGCGCUGCGUUCACAGCUGAAACAGCUGGAGACGCAGAGCAGCAACCUGCAGGCCCAGAUCCUGGCUCUGCAGCGCCAGACCGCCUCGCUACAGGAGAACAACACCACCCUGCAGACACAGAACGCCAAGCUACAGGUGGAGAACUCUACUCUGAACUCCCAGAGCGGGGCGCUGAUGGCCCAGACGGCCCAGCUGCAGAGUCAGCAGUCCAGCACGGAGAGCGAGCGCGACGGGGCGCUGCGGGAGCGCGAGGAGCUGCGGAGUACCUACGAGCAGCUGCUGCGCGAUCACGAGAAGCUGGCGGCGCUACACGAGAGGCAGGCCGGGGAGUACGAGGCCCUUAUCGGGAAACACGGCGGCCUGAAGAGCGCACACAAGAGCCUGGAGGUGCAGCAUCGCGACCUGGAGGACAGGUACAACCAGCUGCUGAAGCAGAAGGACCAGCUGGAGGAGCUGGAGAAGGCUCUGAAGGAGGAGCAGGAGAAGAUGCUGACGGAGAACAAGAACCACGAGGCCACCGCCGCUGAGUACCGCAAGCUCAAGGACGACAACGACAGGUUGAACCUGACAUACCAGCAGCUGAUGAAGGAGAACGAGGGGCUGCAGGCGGACCACAAGGGCCUGAAGAGCCAGCUGAACGCGGCCAAGCUGGAGCAGACGCGGCUGGAGGCGGAGUUCUCCAAGCUCAAGGAGCAGUACCAGCAGCUGGACAUCACCUCCACCAAGCUCACCAACCAGUGCGAGCUCCUGAGCCAGCUGAAGGGGAACCUGGAGGAGGAGAACCGGCACCUACUGGACCAGAUCCAGACCCUGAUGCUGCAGAACCGCACGCUGCUAGAACAGACCAUGGAGAGCAAAGACCUGUUCCACGUAGAGCAGCGACAAUACAUUGAUAAGCUGAAUGAGCUGAGGAGACAGAAGGAGAAGCUGGAGGAGAAGAUCAUGGACCAGUACAAGUUCUAUGACCCCUCCCCCCCACGCAGACGAGGCAACUGGAUCACUCUGAAGAUGAAGAAGUUGAUCAAGCCUAAGCGAGAGAGGAUGCGCUCCCUGACGUUGACGCCGACGCGCUCGGACUCUGGCGAGGGCUUCCUGUCCGUGCCUCUGCAGGACAGCCAAGACAGCUCCUCCGUGGGCUCUGGCUCCAACUCACUGGAGGACGCGCUAAACCAGCGGAGGGGCAACAUGACGGCCCUGAAGAGGUUGCCCUUUAUGCGGAACAGGCCCAAGGACAAAGACAAAGAGAAGGCCAUCUAUCGCCGCUCCAUGUCCAUGAAUGACCUGCUGGCCACGAUGGCCCAGUCUGGUGGCCAGUGGGACCACGGCAGCACGGACCAACUGGAGGGCCACGAGGAGGAGGAGGCCCCCGGGGGCCAGCGCAUGAAGGAGAUGGGCUCCAUGGCCUACUCCACCACCGCCAUCAACUACGCCACGCUCACCCUACCCAGCGGACACCGCCAGGCCAAGCAGAAGAACAAGAAGAAAGACAACUCCUCCUAUGAAGACGUGACCCCUACAUCCUCAGAGGGACGCAACGAAACUCGAUCACAAGUGUCAGCGCUGCAGCUCAUUAGCAGAGCUCUGGGGAGACCUCCUCUUCAUCAUCCUCCUCCUCAUCAUCAUCCUCAUCCUCCUCCCUCCUCUGCCUCCUCCCCAUUCGCCUCCUCCUCCUCCUCCUCCUCCACCCUCUGCAGGGUACCCUGUAGCAUCUGUAGUAGCGGCACGGUAAACGGCAACACGAGCCGUCCGCACAGCGAGAGCAGCGGGGAGUUCAGCCUGAGCUUGGAGAUGGACGUCGGCUCCAGCGGCAGCAGCCCCGUGCAGCAGCCCUCCGCCUGCGCCUCCUCCACCACCACCACCUCCUCCUCCCUGCGCUCCUCACGCCUCAGCCCCCUGCAGGUCCGCAAGGGACCCCAGCAGGGCCAGGGCCUGGGCACCUCGGCCACCCUCCCGGCCCGCAAGAAGGGCGGCUCCUUGGGCAGCGAGGUAGUCUCUCUGCAGCAGUUCCUGGAUGAGAGUGUAGAUACCCCUGUGGAGCAGUCGGGUAGCCAGGAGAACCUGACGGUGGAUUCCCCACGCCUGUCGGGCGGCAUUGAGCAUGUGCAGAAGGAGCGUGUGAAGGGGCGGGGCAUCCUGCGCUCGGCCAGCGGGCGUGUCAGUAGCAGCACCGGCUCCAGCGGAGACUCGGCCGGCCAAUCGCGCGCGGGGGGCCCUGGCCGGCCCAGCCUGCGCAAGGCGGAGAGCACGCGGGUGAAGGGUUCAGUCACGCCGCGCUCCAGCCUGUCGUCCCAGAGCAAGGCCGUGUCUGUGUGCGAGCGCCUGGACAGCGCCGCCGCCGCAUCCGGCUCCGGCGCGGGCCUGCCCCGGGCCAGCAGCGUCAUCUCCACGGCCGAGGGCACCACGCGGCGCACCAGCAUCCACGACCUGCUCUCCAAGGACAGCCGGCAGCCCGUGUCCGUCGACCCCUCGCCCAAGCCGCCCUCCAAGGUGGCGCGCUCGGCCACCAGUGCCGGGGAGUCUAGUGAGUACCACCGCCUGCCCACCUCCCUGUCCCUGUCCCUGUCCACCCCACGCCCACACUCUCUCACCACGCCACCACAGUCCAGCACCCCCGCCACCAAAACCACACCGCUGCCCAAGUCUGCCAGCAUGCCCUGCACUGGUAACGCCCCCGGCCCAGGCCCUGCCGCUGAGGAGCCCGAGCUCUCCAGCCUGGAGGCCUUUCUGGGGCCCUCGUUCACUGUAGACUCUGUGUUCAUGGACUCCAUCUUUAGCGAGUCGGUGUUCAUGAGUGGCGGGGGUAAGAACCAGGCCAUCCUCUCCCUCAACACCUCCCUGGUCAGUAACAUCAGCGGCCCGCCGCUUAAACCCAACAACCCCAACCCCAAAGCCCCGUGCCAAGCGGCCCAGGGCAACAAGCCCAACGGCCAGCUGAAAUCAACUGCCAGCGCGGCCAAUCAUAAGCCAGACGGGGAGGGAGGUGUUGGCGUUGGUAAUCACGUGAUUGGUGCUGCUGACCAGUCCAAUUCAGUGAGCUCAGAUGACAGCCAAGCACUGUGGUAUGAGUAUGGCUGUGUGUAAAUGUUGGGUGUGCCGACCGCCGCUCUGUGCGACAUGUCCUGCUUCUUUUCUUUUCAUUUUUUUCUCGGUCAAGGUGCAACCUCUGCAUGAUUGCUUUAACCCAAUCAUGGCUUUUUUGUUUUGUUUUGUGUUUUUUUUUCAUGAUUAUUUUUAUCAUUAUUAUUUUGCUGUUGUCUUCAACUGUCUGGCUUUUUCUCCAAGUUCACUCUACAUUGCUUUCACUCUCUGGUGUGGUGUUUCUUGGAGUCGUUGGUGUGACUUUGACCACCUCUAACUGUUCAAUCAAAUCGAUCCCUCUGGUUUGACUGGUACUGUGUAUGGACACUAUUCCCUGCCUGCAUGUGCAACAUUGUAAAACUCCACUCUCCUCCUCUCGACUCCUGAACCAAUGGAAAGUCCUUUGUUGGUUGUUUGUUUGUUCUGUCCUUUUGUUUUGAUUUUGAUAUUUAAUUUUUCUUCCCACAAUGUGUCUUGGUAUGAUUAUAAGCCUUUCGCAAAUAACACUAUCCCUGUGCACUGUGCAGUAUGUACCACUUAAAAAGAAUCAUUAAUAUUCCAUGUUCCCCUUAAAGUCACCCUUCUCCAUGCUCGCACGGCUGGUUCCAAACUUAGCCUGGACUGUGCUACUUUGACAUUUAAAUUAAGCAAUUAGGCUUGUGGAGCAAGUCCCUGGAUGGUAUGCCUGAUAAAGGGCUAUUUAGGAGCACGUUGAACAAGCGAAAUAGCUUCUUCCAGUCUCUGUUAGUAUGACUUGGCCUUUUUACAGAUCAUCUAAUCAUAGUUCUUUAAGAAAAGCUUUCCCCAAAGCCUUCCUUGGUCAGUUGUUGUUUGCGUCAUUGAUUUUGGGUGUAUGGAAAGUGUAUAUUACUUAAAACCUUUUCCCCCUUCAUCUAUCAUAAAACUUAACCUUUUGUUUGUCCACAUUAUUGAAGGCUGUUGCAUAGCCUUUCUUCACCGCACUGCAUGGCUUCAGCAGGUCACCGUGUUGUUGUUGUUGAUACUGACCUCCAUUUUGAUGAACUAAUCAAAAUGAAUCUUUUGUCGUGUUCUGCCUCUUUUGUUCUGUGAUGAUGGGUCCUCACGUUGUGUGUUUUUCUGUUUGUGUUCCUUCCACUUUGGUGUCAAACACAGUGUUGCGGUUGCAAUUGAGCUGACCGUGUUCUCAUAAAAUACAAUCAGUGUGGAGAGCAAUCACCCAUGAAGUGGCCUGUACACCCAUACAAAACAAAUGCCAACAUUCACACACAUACAUACACAGUUACACGCACAUGCAAUUCACCACAAGUCUUUUGUUGUUGAUUUUGCUAUAUAUAUAUAAUGUUUGCUGUACAGAAUAGCAUUUUAGAGUUUUUCCUUGAAUGCAACAUUGGAGAAGAUAUGGGGUAUUUUUGCUUUUAUUUCUUUUUUUGUUAAAUGAUCACCCGCUUUCUAAACGUGUAGUGUUUGCUUGUGGGUUUCAGAGCUACUAGUGGUUAUAGAAAAUGCCAAAUACUUAUUCACGUAACACUAGCAUAGCAUAUCCAACUAGAUACGGCUGUGGCAGGAAAUCAGUGUAACAAUAGCAGGUGAUUUGUGUUGGUGUCAGUGUUGUAGUUUAGUAGCUUUUAAUAUUUAUUAUUUCAGAUUGCUUUCAGUGGUGGUCAGUCACCCGCUGUGGCGCUAAAUGCAUCCCUUAUUUAUCAUGUACAUACAUAUAAAUCUCUAUCUAUUAAUAAAAAUGUACCUAUAGCGCUUUUGUUUAUCCGGUUAAAACUCUUGACAUGCCUUUGU